CGCCAUGCCGUCGCCGUCCCUGAGGGGAGGCGAGGGCGCGGAAGCCGCGGGGAAAAGCGAGGCCGCGGCCGGCCGGGCCGCCGCUGGUAGGGAUAUGUCCUCAGCACCAACCACUCCUCCGUCAGUGGAUAAAGUAGACGGAUUUUCUCGGAAGUCCGUCAGAAAAGCCAGACAGAAGAGGUCACAAAGUUCCUCCCAGUUUCGGUCUCAGGGCAAGCCUAUUGAGUUAACGCCACUGCCUCUGCUAAAAGACGUUCCAUCUUCAGAGCAGCCUGAAUUGUUCCUAAAGAAACUUCAGCAGUGUUGUGUCAUUUUUGACUUCAUGGACACACUUUCAGAUCUUAAAAUGAAAGAAUACAAGCGUUCAACUCUUAACGAACUUGUGGAUUACAUUACAAUAAGCAGAGGCUGUUUGACAGAGCAGACUUACCCUGAAGUAGUUAGAAUGGUAUCUUGCAAUAUUUUCCGAACUCUUCCUCCUAGCGAUAGCAACGAGUUUGAUCCAGAAGAAGAUGAACCCACCCUUGAGGCAUCAUGGCCACAUUUACAGCUUGUAUAUGAAUUUUUCAUACGGUUUUUGGAAAGCCAAGAAUUCCAGCCCAGCAUUGCCAAAAAGUACAUAGAUCAGAAAUUUGUAUUACAGCUUUUGGAGCUAUUUGACAGUGAAGAUCCUCGAGAACGGGACUACCUAAAAACAGUCUUACACAGAAUUUAUGGCAAGUUCCUUGGUCUUAGAGCAUUUAUCAGAAAACAGAUUAACAAUAUUUUUCUACGGUUUGUUUAUGAAACUGAACACUUCAAUGGUGUAGCUGAACUGCUGGAAAUAUUAGGAAGUAUUAUCAAUGGCUUCGCUUUACCUCUGAAAGCAGAGCAUAAACAGUUUUUGGUGAAAGUGCUGAUUCCUCUACAUACUGUCAGGAGUUUAUCGCUAUUCCAUGCACAGUUGGCUUAUUGCAUAGUGCAGUUUUUGGAGAAAGACCCUUCACUCACAGAGCCUGUCAUUAGAGGUUUAAUGAAAUUCUGGCCGAAAACCUGCAGUCAAAAAGAGGUCAUGUUCCUUGGGGAACUGGAGGAGAUAUUGGAUGUGAUUGAACCUUCACAAUUUGUCAAAAUUCAAGAGCCCUUGUUUAAACAAAUAGCUAAAUGUGUCUCUAGCCCACACUUUCAGGUGGCUGAACGAGCACUCUACUAUUGGAAUAAUGAAUACAUCAUGAGUUUGAUAGAAGAGAAUUCCAACGUAAUACUUCCCAUCAUGUUUUCCAGUCUGUACAGGAUUUCCAAAGAACACUGGAAUCCGGCUAUUGUGGCUUUAGUAUACAACGUCCUGAAGGCAUUCAUGGAAAUGAAUGGCGCCAUGUUUGAUGAGCUGACGGCCACUUACAAGUCAGAUCGCCAGCGCUUAUCCAAAGCAGCAGGUGAAACUAAUGAGGAAACUUCGGGAACUCCGGGCAGUUUGCGACUUGGUGAAAGUCGUGCCUUUUGUGAGACUCGGGGUUCCCACAAGCAAAGCGAAGGGUACUGUAUGUCAUCAAGCCUUGUUAGUGAGAAGAAAAAAGAGAAGGAGCGUGAAGAGCUAUGGAAGAAACUGGAGGAUUUGGAACUAAAGAGGGGUCUUAGACGCGAUGGAAUAAUUCCAACUUAACAAAAAGAAAAGCAUCAGCAUUAAUGAUCCUGUGGAGUCACACAUGUAUGUAGUAGAAGAUGGAGCAACAGUUUUCUGUAUUGUGCAACUUUACAGUAGAUUUCACAUUUGUUUCAUUAUUACAACAGCACUGUAUAUAUCUGUCUCUAAGUAAACAGGGGAAAAAUAA